AUGGCUCAGGUUCAAAUCCUGGAUUCUCAAUCCUCCAACUCGUCGAUACUUGCCAGUUCCAAAGCAUGUGCACAAUUGCUAAAUGAAUGUCUCAAAGACUCAAGACUGUUUGCCAACGAAUGGGCUCCGAAUCAAGUUGCAAGCUUCAGGCUCUGGAUUGAGAGCAUCGGUGCGUUUGCCCCGGGAUCCGCCUCUGCCGAUGCACGUCUAAAGGACCACCCGGACAUGAGAAAUGCGGUUCUCGGAUUGCUGGCGGUUUUAUGGGGGAGUCUUCAACAUUUGGUUUCAAAGAAUUCUCCUGAUCCCGACCAAAAACCCGACAGUUCUGAUAGUAUAGUUAGGUCGGAGGGCCAUGCUGCUACCGAAGACAAUAUAAACUCAAUGGCCAGUACCUUGGAGCUGUACAGCGAUACCACAAGCUCCGACACGCUGGAGUCCAGCCCAACUGAGCCCGAACGAGAUGUCGAGGAUGCUUUGUACCGGCUUCACCAGCUCGCCAUGACGAUUCGCAAAUCCAGCAGGUACGAUCAGAGUGCCAGGGCUGCUCGGUAUAUCCACAAAGAUGCUGGACAGUUCAGGAAAUACAUGGAAUGGUAUAUGGACCACAUCUUCAAAAGGGAAUUCCCCGAUGCGGAUGAGUGGCUAUACUCGCGUCUGGUGGAGUCCAACAUGCGACGACGCUGUAUGUUUGAAUAUGUCCGCGAUCACGCUCGCAAACUGGCCCAAGGCUUUUCCCGGGUGCUGGAUGAACCAACUACCUUGAAGCGAUCAACCCAAGACCAGCCAAAGAGUCAACGUGAAACCUCGGUCGGUAGUAGGCUUCCAGACACAUCGUCCCAUUCAAGACCAAGCCAGUCGAAGCCAACAGAGUUCUCAGGAAUUCUCUCCGCCACCUCGGCAUCCAAGUAUGCUCCGGCGGAUCAUCAGCAGAAGUCCAUCACUUCGUCAAGGAGGUCGGGCAAGACAUUUAUUCCCGGAAAACUCCCUUGGCCUGAGCCACCACAGCCGCCAUUAAUAAACUACCAGCAGAUCUCAGAGGGCCAAAUGGAGGCACUUAUAUUCGACAAGCAGCAGCUGGAUCCGUCAUAUGAAAACAUAUCAUGGUCCCAUUCGUCGUACGAAGACCAUAUGAAGGCGGAGCACAGAGAAAGCUUCACUGAUAGCCAGCUGCCAAAUCUGGUAGAGCGAAGUAUUGUUAGGGACGUAACGGCUCCGAUACUCGAGCAGUGUCCAAUAUGUCCAUGGGAAUAUCAAGGGGAUUCAGAAAGUGAGGCUGGUCAGGCCACUCCGAUCACUCCUGAUACCAGCAAGCCAAAAGGUAAAGUAGAUGCCGCUUCGAAUACUGAUGCACCAGAACCAGAUGAGGAAGGGGGUAAGACGACAAGCGACAGCGGGAUGGGGCGAGAAAUGCAACUGAGACGGCAUCUAACCGAGCACCUUCAAUCCAUAGCCCUUUUGGCAUUGCCCUGGGAGACAGAACAGGGUUCAGGUAGAACGUCGUCGACACUAUCAGAGCGGGCAAGUCGUGAGACACUCGCUGAGGAAGAGCCUGAAGAAAGUUCUGAUGGUGCAAAACUACCCAACACGAGAUCUGAUGAUGAAGGUCAACCACCAGACCCAGAUGCAGCUCUAGAAUGGGAUUUCGUGGGAAAAGGCCGUCUUCCCAAAGAAUACCAUCUUUCCAAUAAGCAGGGGUUUAGCCGCGAAGACUACUCGGUAGCAUGGAUAUGUUCCUCCGAGACGGAGAUGGAUAUUGCUCAGGGACUGCUGGACGAACAACAUGAAUUACUCGCCACGCACCCACUGGAUUCGAAUUACUAUGCCCUCGGUCGCGUCGGCUCACACAAUGUGGCUAUUAUCCGCAUCUCUGUUCGUGUCCACGGCUUGAUAUCUACGAGUCUCAAGGUAGAGGAGAUGCUCUUGACGUAUCCCUCCUUGAAGGUUUGGCUGGUUCUAGGCACUGGGAGCGGAUUUCCUAGCACAGAGCACGAUAUUCGACUUGGCGAUAUCUUGGUCCAGGUACCCUCACAGCACCAAGAGGCCUCAGAUCCCUCUGAGGAGACAACCAUCAAAGGUCAAUUCGCACAGCCACCCAAAGAGCUGCUGCUGGCAGUGGAGGUACUACAAGCAAAGAACACCAAACAUGACAGCCUAUACAGACACAUAUCAAGUCUAAGUCGCAAUUACCGUGAACUAGACAGCCAUAUCCACUAUAUCAAUUUCUCAGACGACUACCUUUUCCAUUUCACUUCUAUACAUGUUGAGAACGCCCGAGACUGCCACUCUUGUGACCUUGGCCAACUGGUCUCGAGGCCACCCCGGGAUGAAGCCGGUACAGUUAUUCACUAUGGGCGGAUUGCGUCAGUACCACAAGACAUCCGUGACGGCACCACACGGGAGGAAAUACGAAGAGAACAAGGCUCGUUGGGUCAGAUGGAUAUCGCGGUUGUUGCGCAGAGCCUCCCUCAUCUGACCGUUCAAGGUGUCUGCGACUAUGCCGACUCGCACAAGGACGAGACUUGGAGGUUGUAUUCAGCGGCAGCUGCAGCUGCGUACGCGAAGGAACUACUGCUUGAAAUGCCUGGACUACCGGGAAGUGGACAGGAACCCAAAGCUGUACACAGAGUCAUUCUGCCCUUUCCACGAAACCCCGAUUUCACCAAUCCCGAUAGCAUCUUAGAUCAGAUUGAGUCGUCGCUGUGGUCGCGAUAUCACGUCGCUCUGUUGGGGGCUGGUCGUGCUGCUAAACAACAAAUCGCUAUCGAGUAUGCCCAUCGGUUCAUGCAACACCACUCCCACGGACAUGUCUUCUGGGUGGAUGGGAGCAGCACAGCCGGGCUCGUCCAAGGACUCAAAAACAUCACUCAGGCGCUAAGAAUCCCAAUUUUAUCCAGUGAUCUUCCCGAGGAUCAUUGUCAAUUGGCCGCCGAUUGGCUAAGGGAGGAAAAGACGGGCCCCUUGCCGGCGUGGUUGAUGAUCCUGGACAACAUCAACGACGUCAAGGUCCUGCUUUCCCCCAUUGAAACAGACACUCCGCCGAGUAUUCCUUCCCCGGCACAGCAGAGGUAUCUACUUGACUACCUUCCAAAGGAACCGAGGCCCCAGGGUCAUAUGCUUAUUACUACUCGCGAUCGUCAAAUAGCAGAAAGACUAACUCGCAGCGUGAAUACCAUUGAGAUACCGGAAUCCUUGGACACGUCACCAAGCUCAUACCAUUCCCAUUCCCAACCUCAUGCCCCGAUCCAAAACAUAGACACCGAGGCCGAUUCCUGGUUCUACAACCUCGAAUCAGUUGUUUUCCCUCUCCUUCCAAUCUGCCCUAGAGAGUCACGAGACAGAGUCAAGAUCGCUCUCCUUUGUACAGGAGUCGACAUGGCAGACAGUUUCAUCUCCUUUAAUUGUGACCGUGUCCAAGCCAAAAGCUUCCUGCCUGGCAUUGAAAGUGUCAAAGACACAGAGGGUUACGGAACCCACUCUACAGCUUUACUCCUAAGAGUUGCACCGAAUUCUGAUAUCUAUGUCGCUCGAGUGUCUGAAGGUGUCGCCCCUGUCACUGCUGAUCCGAUUACUCAAGCCAUCACGCACGCAACUACCGUGUGGAGAGUGGAUAUUAUCUGCAUGAUUUAUGGUUUUACAGGACAUUCAGCUUUCAGACCCUGGCAUGAAGCGAUCAUGUCAGCGGCUAUGGCCAACAUCGCCAUUUUUACUCCCGCCGGGAAUGAUCGUUUCCUGUCCUAUCCAGCCACGCGAGACGAGGUUAUCGCUAUUAGUUCGGCAACCGCGUCAGGGCGUAUUUCUCCGUUUAGUCCUCCUUGUACACCGGGAAAAGAGCUGGGCAUCAUUGGCGAGGAAGUCUCUUCGGCGUGGCUCUCUGGCACGUCCAAACGAUUGACUGGCUCCUCCACCGCGGUGACGAUUGGUGCUGCGGUGGGGGCCUUACUGAUGGACUUCACUCGCCAGGAACUCUCACGAGAAUUUUGGUACAGAGAUUCCAUGGUCCACAGCAGGAGGGGUCUGGAGGCACUGUUGCGACUGGCUAGUCGAGAAGUGGACGGCUGGAGGAUUAUCUUGCCGUGGAUCCUGUUCGAACAUCAGCCAAAGUCAAUGAUUGUCGCACAAAUAUCAAGAGUCCUUCGACACGCCUUCCCGGAAGGCCAAGUCGCUGCAACUGCACUCGGCGAGCCACCCGGGGCAGAGUUUGCCGGAUCUCUGUGUGUCGACGCGGAAUCGGAACGAGAUCGAGCGUCUCUUGACGCGGCUGGGAGUUUUGCCUCCCCUCGUAAAGAUGUCUCCAAGGAGCCUCUCGGCGAGACGUCGCGGAAACUUCAAAUUCAAUGCACACAAGAAUUGGUCGUCCACGGUCAUUUAGAUGGCCAUGGCUCGGAAAAUGUGUCUCUAAUCAUGCUGCGCUUUUCAUUUACGCCGGCCGAGCGGUUCUCGACUGUCUCUGCCAGGAUCGAGUUUCACUAUGAUAACGCCAACUAUGGCGACAGCGCCCACGCUCAGCACAACAACAACCACCACCCAGUCAUCCGAGCAUGUGAUGGAGUCCCGAGCGGAACCAUGUUUGCAAAAAACACAUCCAAGCCGUCUUCUCUCGAGGAGAUCUUUACUAGGAUAGAUGACAACCUCUCAACUGCGUCCCCUGCGUAUGGUACAGAGCCGGCAACUCUCGGCAGCAGCAGUAAGGUAUCUUCGGCGGCACCAGCACCAGCACCAACACUAUUUCAAAGCCAGAACGGUGUUAACAUUCACACCCUCUUCGACGGCGACACGGUUGAUAGAGUCCCAAAUGUUGUUGGUUGGACGAUAAGAAUGAACGGGGCCCUGAGCAACGGAAUCGGGGAUAUGCUGAGAGUCGCUGUCCUCGUGUCUCGCAGAAACAAUGAGGACUUCACCAUGAAGUGUAAUGUUCGAUCCGUCGUCAGCAGCGAGGGAGAUAGGCGUCCGAGCCGCUUCCGCGAGUGGGCAGGCGUGCUUCCGUUCGUCCAGCUUAGCCCGCAGGCAGAAACCUCCACAAGAAUACCAUCCUUCAUCAGCCAGGACCAGCUCGGCAGGUUUACAGAUCCAGCGGAACUUCGCCAGCUGCUAUAUGCCGACCUGCCAGACAGCGGCGCAGAGGGACCUCUGAUGAAACUCGACGUCGUCGCCCACCUCUGGGAGGGCCUUGAUGCGUCUUAA